AAGUCUUUUGCCUCGAAUUGUUCUCAUUCAGAAGGCCCGCUGGUUCCUCCUGUGGGGCUUUGGAAAUUCGCGCCCUCCUCUGGUGCCGCUUCAGGUGCACAAGAAGAGCUAGGGGAGGGAGGACGCAGGUGCUCAAAAGAGGUGGGGCGGUGAAGGCACCCCGGUGGUGAACCCAAAGAUCAAACCUGCAGACCCAGCUCAAAGUAGAAACUGAAAGUACACUGCCGGCUGAUCCUACGGAAGUUAUGGGAAAGGCAAAGCGCAGAGCCGGGCCGUGGUGUGUGCCGCCCCCCUUGGGAUGGAUGAAGCAGCAGGCGCGGAGUGGGUGAGAGGAACCAGCGGCAGAGGCCGCCCUAACCCGCACGGACUCCCGGCAACUCCGCGGAAGACCAGGCUCCUGGCAGCGACUAUGGGCGGUGAGAGCUCGCUCCUGCUGCAGUGGCGGUCAUCAUGACCACGCCCGCCUCCCGCAGACCAUGUUCCAUGUUUCUUUUAGGUAUAUCUUUGGAAUUCCUCCCCUGAUCCUUGUUCUGUUGCCAGUAGCAUCAUCCGAUUGUGACAUUGAAGGUAAAGAGGGCAGAGAGUAUCAGCACGUCCUAAUGAUCAGCAUCAACGACUUGGACACCAUGAUAAAAAAUCGUACCAAUUGCCCGAGCAAUGAACCUAAAGUUUUAAAAAAACAUGCAUGUGAUGAUAAUAAGGAAGGUAUAUUUUUAUAUCGUGCUGCUCACAAGUUGAAGCAGUUUGUGAAAGUGAAUGACAGUGAGGAUUUCAAUCUCCACUUAUUAAGAGUUUCACAGGGCACAUUACAAUUGUUGAACUGUACCCCCAAGGAAGACAAUAAAUCUGUAAAGGAACAGAGAAAACAGAAGAGCUUGUGUUCCCUAGGGAUACUACUACAAAAAAUAAAAACUUGUUGGAAUAAAAUUUUGAGGGGCUCUAAAGAACAUUGAAAAAUAUGGAGUGGCAAUAUAAAGACAUAUGAACUUCACUUGUAUCCUUCAAGAAUAUAUCUGCUCAUAAUGGGGGGUAGAGGACCCUAGAAGUUACAGAAUGCAUCCUGGUAAAAGCGGAUUAGAGCAAUUGAGUAAUUCAUACCGUAGUACUAGAAGAUGGAUGUAAACAGUGUAAACCAAAUGCUGCAAUCGAUAAACCUUCAUAUGUUUUUGGACAUAGAGCAAUCAGUAUUAAUUCUGUGAUUUUUUGCAAGACAAUCCAAGUAAGGUAUUAAAGGCAAUAAUACUUCUAAAAACUGUCUUAAAAUUCCAGAAGAAGACAUGUAAAAUCUGUGAAGUAUAUAAAGGUUGCAGGAAUUAAAAAUUAACAUUGCUUUAUUAUCCAAAUAAUUUUGUGCACCAGCAUGCUACAAGAAGAGUGGAAAUUGUUGUCUUCUGUGCUGGAAAUGUUUCAGAGUUAACAAAUGUGGGUAAUGCCAAUGAGAGUAAGGGCUAAAGAAGCAGUAUGGAGUCCAAGAUACUUCAGUGAGAUUAAGACAUGUAAUUAAACUUGAAUGCAUAAGACAGUGCCUUCAUUAAUGGUAUAGCAAAUGUUUUAAGAUGACCAUAAAGAAUGAUUUCACAAAAUAGAAAGUCACCUGUUCUAAGGAUGCCAAACCAUAAUGCUGAGUUACUUUUGUCAUUUAUGUGUAAUAAAGUUUUUCUAAAUGAGUUUGCAAUUUGGGAAGUAUAUUUUUAACAGAAUAAUAUAUGUUGACCUUUUAAUUAAUGGAAUGUAUAUUUAAUUUUGACACUAUAUGUAUUAUAUAAAAAUAUUUUCAUACAUAUUACAAACAAAUUGCUGGCUUUGGAUAACAUUUCUCCUUUGAUAAUAAAUGACCUAUGUAAUAACACUGUCAGAUUCACUUCAUGAAUUUUGAAGGAUUUUUAAGACAAGAUUUUUAAUACUGUACUACUAUUUGAGCUCUGUCAUUGAAUAUGUGACUUUAAACCUUAUUACUCAGAAUGCACAUGAGACCAAAACUAUAUAAGAACAGGAACAUUACUUUCUAUGUUAAAUUUUAAUCUUUUAAAAGAAACUUUUGUAUAUACCAGAUCCAUUUUAGAAGGUCUGUCAAUGGUCCUCACUUACUUAUAAAGGGAAAUCAAAACUUUAGUGGAGACAGGUCAGAGUCCUACCGCAGUCACCAGUCGGCUCAACUCACAUCCUUCCUGCUCUUGCACACCUUCACCAGCCCCUAAUAAAGUGCUGACUGGCUUGAUAUGAGCUUCAGGUGAUGCCCAGGUAUCGCCCUCACUGUGUGGUGGUAAAGACCAUCCUCUCAGUUUGUGUGGACGUGUCACUCUCCCUAACCCCUAUGCCCUUCACCCUCACGGGUGCAGACAGCUGUGUAGAAUUCUAUAGAAGGUUGUAUGGUUACGGAAAGCCUUACCAGUAACAGUUGAUUAACAUAUAUUUUGUAUGUUAUACGUAUUAUAUCCUGUAAUCUUUUUUAAUUUUUUAAUAUAGCUCUUCAUAUACCCUGUAAUCUUCUCAUAUCAGAUAAAUUAGAUUUUAAACUGAAGACCGUAGUCAAAGAUACAGAAGGAAACUACAUCAUUCUUUAAGGGACUAUCUACCAAGAUGAUCUAACAAUUGUAAAUAUCUAUUCCCCCAAUAUGGGAGCAUAAGAAAACUGUUAAUCAAGAUAAUCAUAUUGAUAUGAAUACAUUAAUAGAAGAUCUUAACACGCCUCUCUCAGAAAUAGACAGAUCAUCGAAGCAGAAAAUCAAUAAAGAAACAGGGGCAUUGAAUGACACAUAGGACCAGAUGGACCUCAUGGAUAUAUACAGAACAUUCCACCCUAAAACAACAGAAUACUCAUUCUUCUCAAGUGCACAUGGAACCUUCUCAAGCGUAGAACACAUACUGGGUCUCAAAUCAGGACUCAACCGAUACCAAAAGACUGAGAUUAUUCCCUGCAUAUUUUCAGAUCACAAUGCUUUGAAAGUGGAGCUCAAUCAAAAGGAAAAGUUCAGAAGGAACUCAAACACCUGGAAGCUAAAGAACACCUUGCUUAAGAAUGCUUGGAUCAACCAGGAGAUCAAAGAAGAACUGAAACAAUUCAUGGAAACCAACGAGAAUGAAGACACUUCUGUCCAAAACCUAUGGGAUACAGCAAAGGCGGUCCUAAGGGGGAAAUACAUAGCCAUCCAAGCCUCCCUCAAAAAAAUUGAAAAAUCCAAAAUACACCAGCUGUCUCUACACCUUAAAGAACUGGAGAAUCAACAACAAACCAAACCAACUCCCACAUAAGAAGGGAAAUCAUCAAGAUUAGAGCUGAGAUCAAUGAGGUAGAAACCAGAGAUACAGUAGAACGUAUCAAUGAAACUAGAAGCUGGUUUUUUGAAAGAAUCAAUAAGAUCAAUAAACCAUUGGCCACACUAAUCCAAAAGAAAAGAGAGAAAGCCCAAAUUCAUAAAAUGAUGAAUGAAAAGGGAGAGAUCACAACUAACACCAAGGAAGUAGAAACAAUCAUCAGAAGUUAUUAUCAACAGUUAUAUGCCAAUAAGCUUAGCAACCUAGAUGAAAUGGAUGCAUUCCUGGAAAACUAUGAACUACCAAAAUUGAACCAGGAAGAAAUCGACAACCUGAAUAGACCAAUAUCUAAUAACGAGAUUGAAGCAGUGAUCAAAAAUCUCCCAAAAAGCAAGAGCCCAGGACCUGAUGGAUUCCCUGGGGAAUUCUACCAAACCUUCAAAGAAAUAAUACCUAUUCUCCUGAAGCUGUUUCAAAAAAUUGAAGCAGAAGGAAAACUUCCUGCCCCAAACCAGGCAAAGACCCUACCAAAAAGGAGAAUUUUAGACCAAUAUCACUAAUGAAUAUGGAUGCUAAGAUUCUCAACAAGAUCCUAGCCAACAGGAUCCAACAGCACAUUAAAAAGAUUAUCCACCAUGAUCAGGUGGGAUUCAUCCCAGGGCUACAAGGAUGGUUCAACAUUCGCAAAUCAAUCAAUGUGAUACAACAAAUUAAUAUGAGAAGAGAGAAGAACCACGUGGUCCUCUCAAUUGAUGCAGAAAAAGCAUUUGACAAAAUCCAGCAUCCGUUCCUGAUUAAAACACUUCAAAGUAUAGGGAUAGAGGGAACAUUCCUGAACCUCAUCAAAUCUAUCUACGAAAGACCCACUGCAAAUAUCAUCCUCAAUGCGAAAAAGCUUGCAGCCUUCCCGUUGAGAUCAGGAACAAGACAAGGAUGCCCACUUUCACCACUCUUGUUCAACAUAGUAUUAGAAGUCCUAGCAACAGCAAUCAGACAACAAAAAGAAAUAAAAGGUAUCCAAAUUGGUAAUGAAGAAGUCAAACUCUCUCUUCACAGAUGACAUGAUUCUUUAUAUAUGGAAAACCCAAAAGACUCCACCCCCAAACUACUAGAACUCAUACAGCAAUUCAGCAAUGUGGCAGGAUACAAAGUCAAUGUACAGAAAUCAGUGGCUUUCUUAUACACUAACAAUGAAAAUACAGAAAGGGAAUUUAGAGAAUUGAUUCCAUUUACUAUAGCACCAAGAACCAUAAGAUACCUGGGAAUAAACCUAACCAGGAGGUAAAGGAUCUGUACUCGAGGAACUACAGAACACUCAUGAAAGAAAUUGAAGAAGACACAAAAAGAUGGAAGACCAUUCCAUCCUCUUGGAUUGGAAGAAUAAUCAUUGUUAAAAUGUCUAUACUGCCUAGAGCAAUCUAUACUUUUAAUGCCAUUCCGAUAAAAAUUCACCGGUAUUCUUCAAAGAGCUGGAGCAAAUAAUCCAAAAAUUUGUAUGGAAUCAGAAGAGACCCCGAAUCGCUAAGGAAAUGUUGAAAACAAAAAUAAAGCUGGGGGCAUCACGUUACCUGAUUUCAAGCUUUAUUACAAAGCUGUGAUCACCAAGGCAGCAUUGUACUGGUAUAAAAACAGACACAUAGACCAGUGGAACAGAGUAGAGAGCCCAGAUAUGGACCCUCAACUCUAUGGUCAAUUAAUCUUCGACAAAACAGGAGAAAAUAUACAGUGGAAAAAAGACAGUCUCUUCAAUAAAUGGUGCUGGGAAAACUGGACAGCUAUAUGUAGAAGAAUGAAACUUGACCAUUCUCUUACACCAUACACAAAGAUAAACUCAAAAUGGAUAAAAGACCUCAACAUGAGACAGGAAUCCAUCAGAAUCCUAGAAGAGAACAUAGGCAGUAAUCUCUUCGAUACCAGCCACAGCAACUUCUUUCAAGAUUUGUCUCCAAAGGCAAAGGAAACAAAAGCAAAAAUAAACUUUUGGGACUUCAUCAAAAUCAAAAGCUUCUGCACAGCAAAGGAAACAGUCAACAAAACAAAGAGGCAACCCACGGAAUGGGAGAAGGUAUUUGCAAAUGACAGUACAGACAAAAGGUUGAUAUCCAGGAUCUAUAAUGAACUCCUCAAACUCAACACACACAAAACAGGCAAACAUAUCAAAAAAUGGGCAGAAGAUAUGAACAGAGACUUCUCCAAUCAACAUGUGUUGGAGAGGAUGUGGAGAAAUGGGAACCCUCUUACACUGUUGAUGGGAAUGCAAGUUGGUGCAGCCUCUUUGGAAAACAGUGUGGAGAUUCCUCAAGAAAUUAAAAAUAGAACUUCCCUAUGACCCUGCAAUUGCACUCCUGGGUAUUUACCCCAAAGAUACAGAUGUCGUGAAAAGAAGGGCCAUCUGUACCCCAAUGUUUAUAGCUGCAAUGGCCAUGGUCGCCAAACUGUGGAAAGAACCAAGAUGCCCUUCAACGGACGAAUGGAUAAGGAAGAUGUGGUCCAUAUACACUAUGGAGUAUUAUGCCUCCAUCAGAAAGGAUGAAUACCCAACUUUUGUAGCAACAUGGAUGGGACUGGAAGAGAUUAUGCUGAGUGAAAUAAGUCAAGCAGAGAGAGUCAAUUAUCAUAUGUUAUGCUCCACUUAUUUGUGGAGCAUAACAAAUAUCAUGGAGGACAAGGGGUGUUAGAGAGAAGGGAGUUGGGGGAAAUUGGAAGGGGAGGUGAAUCAUGAGAGACUAUGGACUCUGAAAAACUAUCUGAGGGGUUUGAAGUGGCGGGGGUGUGGGAGGUUGGGGUACCAGGUGGGUAUUAUAGAGGGCACGGAUUGCAUGGAGCACUGGGUGUGGUGAAAAAAUAAUGAAUACUGUUUUUCUGAAAAUAAAUAAAUUUAAAACAAACAAACAAACAAAUAAAUAAAUAAAAGAAAGUUGUAUGGAGUUCACGGGUUGCUCCAUUCACAAGGCUUUGAAUCAAGUAUGUUUUCUGUUUGAUUUUUGUAUUAACUCCAGAAAAGGGAGCUGACGAAUAUUUUUUGGAGCAGACGAUUCCUCACCAAACCCUGUCUUCAGAGGGACUUUUCCAAGUAACUGUGCUUCCUCUACCAUAAAACAUGGUCAGCUGUGUGAUUCACCUCCACCCUGAUGAACUAGCACUGUUGGUAAACCAUUAGCUAUAGAAAUGAGGGAACUUCACAUUUCUAAAGGUAAACUCUUAAAACUGUCCUUGAAAGUGUUUCCUUAAAGGCAGUCUAAAACAUCCCUAACAAGUGUUGAAAAAACAUUCUGAGAUUAUGGUAAAAUAAGGAACAAUAUUUUUAAAUGCUUGCUGAAGGUUAUCAAAAUUGUCUUCCUUGAUUUUCAUUUGUUUAUGAUAGAUCUGAAUUUUAGAGAAAAUUUAUGCUCAAAACAGCAUUCAGCAUAUCUGGUUGUGUCAAAUACUUGAGGGAAAAAAUAGCCAUGCAUUCGUGUUUGUAUUUGCUUUCUUUGUUUCGUACCUACUAGGCAAGGUAAAUAGACACAGGCAGGCUAAUUAAUAAUGAACUUGGAUAUUAUAGUUUUAUUAUUUCUACUCCCCAAUUAAAGACUUGUUUUAUUUCAGUGAAUGUUUUCUUUCACAUAUGUAUGUGGAGGCUUUAAAUCAGCAUUUUCUAAAGUUUGUUCCAAGAAACCCUAAUCCUCAACAACGCUACAAAAAAAUAAGCCAAUGAGACAAAGAGGAUAAAGCAAAAAGUGGGGGCAGGAGGAGAAGAAAUGAAAAAAGGAAAAAGAAAAAGAGGGAGUAUUCCAUGUUCUCAGGUCAGAUAAAUUUCUUUUGGAGAGUCAUAGUUUAUACAAGUAUAUUAUUAAAGGCUGUGUAAGCUCAUACAGUGUUUUUGUUUUUUUUUUUAAGUUUUAACACUAACACAACAUUUUCAAAAUUUGACUAGAGAAUGCUAGUUUUAUGUAAAAACCAUUACCUAAAUGUACUUCAGGGAAUAUUGAAUUAUACAAAGGGACUCAGUUAAGGGUCUUUUAAAAUAGGCUUUCAAGGAAUCUGUUGAAGGAAAUACUCCUUUCAGGAUAAAAUAGUUCUAUUAAAACUAGAAAAGUUUCUUUGUCUUACUUCAUACUUCCAUUGAUAGCCAGCUUAUAAAGGAUAUUUCAUCAAAUCUACUGAAAACACUUCUCCAGAAUCUCUAAGUCAGAUAAUCUUUAUGGUACUCUGUCCAUGCAAUCGUCAUGUCUUUAGUUAUUAUGUUCUUACUGCUUAGAAAGUUCUUCCAAAUUCUUUCCAGAUCCUGCUCAAACUUCAAGGGCAUCUCAGUUUCUUUCUCCUCAAUUUCUGUGGCUUCCAUGAUAAUUCUGUAUAAUGUUACUAUUUCUUCCUUUAGUUUCCUAGCACUUAAUUAUCUGUAUCAUGCAUUAUUAUCUGAUCAGAUUCAUCUUAAUAUUUUAUCUUAAAUAUAACUAUUAUUUACAUAAUUCUAUUUAUGUUUUCUCCUGAAAGAGUGUAUGAUCUUUUGUGUUCCCUCCAGCUCUUAAUGGGAAAAUCCAGAUAUAUCAUGGUUAAUAAGUAAAGACAAAUUGCAUUAAACCAGCGUAUUAAUAUCAAAAAUUACAUUAGAAUAAUAAUAGACUAGAAUAAUAGAAUAAUAGAAUCUGUAGAAGUAUUAUAGGACAAGAGAAAUAAAAUAGGUAGGUACAUUGAUAAUCAAUUCCAACAGUUUUUAAAAUCUCCAUAUUAAAAUAUAUGUAUGCACCUAGAUUCAUGAAUUAUUUAGUAUUUGAGAAAGAUGCAAAAUAGUUACUUUGGUUUGGGAAUAACCUGGGAUUUACUUUCGCUUGCUUGUUUUACAUCCUCUCCAUACAAAAUGGUAAGAAAGAAGUGCAUUCUUUCUGUAUAGGAAAAACUUUCCAAGUGAGGGAGGUUAGAUACACUUUAGGACCUUAUUCUCAAAGUGAAUCAGUUUUUUUAAGUGGAGCUUGAACUCACGACCCUGAGCUCAAGACCUGAACCAAGAUGAAGAGUUAGAUACCCAAUCAACUGAGCCACCCAGGUGCCCCACCAAAGUGAAUCAAUUUUCUAUCUAUAUUUUACAUGAUGAAAAUUAAGAGAAGUGGCAACAUUUACAAUUCAGGAUUUACUGCUCUUGCUUGCUGAUGUAUUUCUUUGCCUUAAGACCUAGUCUAAGGCUUUCUUCCUUUCUGAAACCUUCCCUCACUUACCAGGUAGAGUUGAGGAUUCUUUCAUUUGUGCCUUCAUUGCUGAUCUCAGUAAGUAACUCAAUAACCUACCAGGUGCUACCAUGUGAGAGAUGGAUGUGAGUUUGCUAAUUUCUACCUUUGAAGCUUAUCACAAUUUUUUUUAGAGAUUACUUACAGAUUACUUAAAUAUUUGAAAUAAUUUCAGAUAUCUGGAAGACCUGCAAAGAUAGUACAGAGUGGUCUUGUAUACCCUUUACAAGUUUCCGCUAAGGCUGACAUCUUACAUAACCAUGGUACAUUUAUCCAAACCAAGAAAUUAGUUCUCCUUGUUGUGGGGGUGGGGGGCUAUUCAUUGUGGAAUGUGGUCUGUACCCACUAAAUGCCAGCACCAUCCUCCCCCAAGUAGUGAUAAUCAAAAAUGUCUGCAGACAUUGCCAAAGUGUCUCGGGAAAAAAGUUGAAACCAAUGUUCUAGAAGUUUCAUAAUUUUACAUGUUGCAGUUUAGGUCCAUGACUCAUUUAGGGUUAUUUUUUAAUAUAAGGUGUGUAUCACAGUUGCUUUUUUUUUUUUUUUUUUUUUUUUUUUGGCAUAUGGACAUUUAGUUCUUCUAGUACCAUUUGUUAAAAAGACUCUAUGCAGUUGGCCUUUGAACAACAUGGCCUACUGCUACGGAAAGCCUUACCAGUAACAGUUAGAUUAACAUAUAUUGUGUAUGUUAUAUGUAUUAUAUCCUGUAAUCUUUUUUAAUUUUUUAAUAUAGCUCUUCAUAUACCCUGUAAUCUUCUAAUAAAUUGAGAGAAAAGAAAAUGUUAAGAAAAUCAUAAGGGAAAUACAUUUAUAAUAUUUAUAAAUAAAAUAAUCCAUGUAUAAGUGCACACAUGCAAUUCAAACCUGUGGUGUUCAAGGGUCAACUGUACUUUGUCAAUUGAAUUGUCUUUGCCCCUUUGUAACUCAAUUUGUCAUAUUUGUCUGAACCUAAGGAUGCUCUGUUCUGUUCCAAUGAUCCGUAUCUACCUUUUCUCCAAAUACCACAUUGACUUGUUUACUAUAGCUUUACAUCUAGGAAUUGGGUAGAAUAAAUCUUCAGAAUUUUUUCCAGAA